UCCACCAUGUCCGUCUUCUCCAGCAACCUGAGCUAUGGCAGCAACGUCUGCAUGCCAGGCUCCUGUGACCCCUGCCCCGACUCCUGGCAGGUGGACGACUGCCCAGAGAGCUGCUGCGAGCCCCCCUGCUGCGCCCCCAGCUGCUGCGCCCCAGCCCCCUCCGUGACCCUCGUCUACACCCCAGGGAGCUGCCAGUCAGUGUGCACCAGCUCCUGCACGCCCCUGUGCUGCCAGCAGUCUAGCUGCCAGCCGUCCUGCUGCUCCUCCAACCCCUGCCAGCAGCCCAGCCGUGUGACCCUCUGCUGCGAGCCCGUGAGCUGUGUGCCCGUCUCCUGUGUGCCCGUCUGCUCUGGGGACUCCUCCCCCUGCUGCCAGCCCUCCUGCAGCCCCUCCCCCUGCCAGCAGCCCAGCCGUGUGACCCUCUGCUGCAGGCCCGUGAGCUGUGUGCCCGUCUGCCCACGCCCCUCGUGCUGCCAGCCCAGCCCCUGCCCCUCGUCCUGCUGCAGACCCUCCUCCUGCGUGUCCCUGCUCUGCCGCCCCGUGUGCAGGCCCGCCUGCUGUGUGCCCGCCCCCUCCUGCCAGCCCAGCUGCUGCCGCCCGGCCUCCUGCGUGUCCCUGCUCUGCCGCCCGGCCUGCUCCCGCCCCGCCUGCUGCGGCCUCUCCUCGGGACAGUCCUGCUGCUGA